UAUACUUGCCGCGCUAGACUUGGUGCUGAUUCUUAUUACCCAAGAUAUACUGAAUCUACUGCUCAUUUGUCGGUCAGUGCUACGCCUUCUCAUUUACCCAACCUAGAUAAAGAUGUUAGUCUUCUCCUUCCUGAUCCUCCGGGUGGCCUUAGAGUCGAUCACAAGGGUGAUACAUGGGUAGCUAUGCGUUGGUACCCUGGAAACUCUACUGCCAAUGGUUAUCGAGUAGAAUAUGCUGAGUAUGCUGGAUUUGGAGGAUGGCAGAUAUCUGUCCCAUACACGACUUCAGUUACAGAGCGGAUAGAUGAUCUUAAUCCUGAUACUGGCUAUUAUUUUCUCGUUCGUGGAGUAAAUGAAUUCGGAUUUGGCAGAUCAAGCUUGCUGGCAGAUGUUGUCUACACAAAUCCUAUGCGUUCAACUGGCCAAAAACGCAAUAAGAUUCCCGCAGAAACCAUGGCAAAAAUGCUCAACGAGGUUAUAUUCAGUAGGAUUUUGUUAGAACCGACUUCAUACAAUACUUUGAUUGCCACAUGGAUAGUAUGUGCCCCAAAAGCAACUUUGAUACAAAUCACUGGUUUUCGCCUUAAAUAUCACGCGGUUCACUUGUCUAGGUGUUUAGCCACUUUGUAUCCAUCAGAAAUAAAUGCCUACGAGACCUACCCAUUCUCAAGAUCGCCCUCGCAUAUUGUUGGUGACGCCAGAUGCCCUCCGGCAAAUUCCCCUCUAUACACUCAAUUGUAUAGUUCCUCUGAUGGGUCACUUUCUUCUGUGCACGCGCCCUGUAGUCUAGAGGGUAUUCGUGACUUGUUAGAGAAAGAUGCAAUGAUUGAUGUAGCCUCAAUGCAGAUGAUAAUAAAUUCUACUGAACAACUCUUUGAAAUUUCCCAGGACAUUUCGCCUGACAGCCCACUGGUUAGGACUGCUAUCCAUAAUUUGCAUCCCUUCACUUGUUACGAGGUCUCGAUUGAGCCGAUGCAUAGCCAUGAAAUCGGCCCUCUGUAUGGCCGCGCUAGCCGCUCCAGCACCGGACUCACCUACGGCUCCAGACCUUCUGCUGCGCCUCGUGUCGUUAGCGCUCAAUGGCUGCCGUUCUCUGCCGAGGCCAACGAACCCCCGCAAAUUGAGCUAAUCUGGGUCCCACCUCAUCCUCAAAUGUUAAACGGGGUGGUGAAUGGCUAUUCUUUGCGAAUUCUCAACGAGCUUGCAGGAUUUAUUCGUAACAUUUCUGUGAGUCUGGAAUAUGGCUGA